GCAGAGGAAGCAGCCACCUCUGUUCUCUGCUCUGUCUUUUCCCCUUGUUAAUUCCCUUUCUUCUCAUUUCUCUGCUGUUCUUUCUUCAUAAGAAUCAAGCUCUUGCAUCACAAAAUUAACAUACAUAGGAAAUGACGAACCAGAAUAUGGUGACUCAAGCUGGGAAAUCAUGUGUGAACAACAAUAACACACUUAUGGAGUUAGCAAUGUCGAUUUCAAACUCAUGUGUUCUCCCUAGAGCAACAACAGUGCCUGAAUUAAUGGCUUUUCUUGGUGGGUUUUUGGGGCAACAACCAAACAAGAAUAAGAAAACAUUGGAGGAUGGAAAAUCAGGAGGAGCCAAAGCUAACACAUGGAUUGAUUCCAUGAGAGCUUCUUCUCCUACCCGAACCAAAUCCACACAACCUUGUCACCAAAAUCCUUGGACUCUUUACCAUCCUUCGGCGCUGGACAUGUUUGAUCAGAUAAUAUAUGCUUCCAAAGGGAAGCAGAUUGUGACCUUUCUUGAUUAUGAUGGAACACUAUCACCAAUUGUUGCAGAUCCAGAUAAAGCAUACAUGAGUAAAAAGAUGAGAGCGACAUUGGAGGACAUAGCAAGGCAUUUCCCCACAGCCAUUGUUAGUGGAAGAUGCAUAGACAAGGUUUAUAAUUUUGUGAAAUUGGGGGAACUAUACUAUGCUGGAAGCCAUGGCAUGGACAUCAAGGGACCAUCAAAUAGCCGAAGCACUAAGAAUGGUAAUGAUGAAGGGGUACUUUUGCAGCCUGCAAAUGAGUUCCUGCCCAUGAUCAGUGAGGUGUACAAGAUCUUGGUUGAAAAAACAAAGUCUGUCCCAGGAGCUAAAGUAGAAAAUAACAAGUUUUGCUUAUCUGUGCAUUUUCGCUGCGUUGAUGAGAAGAGUUGGGUGCCAUUGGCGGAGCAAGUUAGCUCAGUGCUCAAUAAAUACCCAAAGCUCAAGCUAACACAAGGAAGAAAAGUGUUGGAGAUUCGACCAAGCAUAAAAUGGGACAAGGGCAAGGCUCUUGAAUUCUUGCUAAAGUCGCUAGGAUACGCAGAUUCUAGUAAAGUAUUCCCAAUCUAUAUUGGUGAUGAUCGAACUGAUGAAGAUGCAUUUAAGGUGUUGCGCAAUAGGGGCCAAGGGGUUGGGAUUCUUGUUUCUAAAACUCCUAAAGAGACAGACGCAUCCUACACUUUGCAAGAUCCAUCAGAGGUUGGAAAAUUUUUGCGGCAUUUGGUGGAGUGGAAAAGAACGAGUUCUAACUUCCACAAGUUAUAGAUUCUAGAAUUGACACUGACCCAGAAUUUGGUCAAGGAGUGGUUCUGUAGAGGGAUUCCAAUUGCAUCCCUUAAUUUAAUUUCUUGUUGAAAAUAGGAAAAAGUGAUGUUCCAUAAUUUAAUCUUUGAGGGGAGGACGAAGUCCAAACUAUAGAUUAACUUUUCUUUCUUUCUUUUUGUGUAUUUUUUUCUUUCUUCAAAGAUGUAUUCUAUUCUUUCACACGUUUGCAUGCGCAUGCGGAUAGUGAAAGACAGAUGUUUUAUGCCGCAGUUUCAAUAGGCAAAUCAGCUUUAUUGCUCCCAAUUGUACUUAUUGUACGUGUGGACAAUGUAAUACUGAAAAUGAAAAUCACCAACUUAAACUUGGAAA